CUCUCUCCUUGUUCGUUCCAUCGUCGUCUCCUCCUCUCCUCUCCUCUACUCUACUCUAUUCUUCUCCUCUACACAAUUUGACCAAAAAAAAAAAGACACUGAAUGGCCGUAAGAAAAGUCUAGGGCUUUCCUUUCAGGGCUCUAUCACCCCAUUCACCCUUCUUUCACCUCAAUUAUUGCUGCCCUUCAUCCCCUCCUCCUGAUGGAACCCAAUGGCCUGAGCUCAGCCCCAGCUGCAACCAUGGCUUCCGCAGAGACCAACACCACCACCAAGAACAAGCCCUCUGAGAUCAAGGACUUUCAGAUUGUCAUCUCGGCCAGCAAGGGUUUUGACGAUCAGAACAGCGCCGGCAGGAAGCAGCUGUCGGCCCCGCCCAAGAGGAGCUCCAACAAGGACCGGCACAAGAAGGUCGACGGCCGGGGGAGGAGGAUACGGAUGCCUGCCCUCUGCGCGGCCAGGAUCUUCCAGCUGACCCGGGAAUUGGGCCACAAGACCGACGGCGAGACGAUUCAGUGGCUGCUCCACCAGGCGGAGCCCGCGAUUCUUGCCGCCACGGGGUCGGGGACCGUCCCCGCCUCUGCCCUAUCGGCCGCGGGUUCCUCUGUUUCCGAGCAGGGGAACCCAAAUCCCAUUAACCUGGGAGGGAAAAUGGAAGGGUUGGGGCAGAAUCUAAUCGGGUUUGCGGGGUUGAGUAGGCCCGCCUUGCCAAUUAUAGGCAGUGGAUUCGGGAUUGGGAAAUCUCAGGCAGGUGGGGUCCUGUGGCCCUCUGCGGGCGGAGCUGGCCCCGGGUUUGUUCCCUACCCGGAUCAGCCCGGUUCAAGCUUCGGGCUCCACGGGGUGGACUUCCCCAACGUGAACAUGGGAUUGGUGAACUUCCAGGCAUUCUUCGCGGGAUCGAACCAUCAAGUCCCGGGCUUGGAGCUCGGGUUGUCCCAGGACAGUAAUAAUAACAGUGUUACUGCUGCUAUGAGCUCUCAGGCUCUGAGCCAAAUGUAUCUGCAGCAUCAGCAUGUGGGGCAGGUUCGAGACAGUGGGACCACGGGCCCAGUGUCGACUCAGAAGCAGCGGACAGCAGUUGAGGAGGAUAAUUCCCGAGGAUCGGGAGACUGAGAUUCCGGGGAAAAAGUUCGACAACAAGAGUUAUUGCUGAGAAACAGGUCUGGUUGAACCUGAAACCGAGUUAGCUUGAUGGAACCUGACUUUAAGUCUGUCCGUCUUGCGGGUGGAAACCGAACCAGGCGGACAAGGACUACUAAUGACUAGAGCAGCUCAAGAGUCGGGAAAGUCGAUCUUUUGUGGCUUGGAUUGAACCAACCCAGUUGGGUUACUGGAAUUCUGCUUUCUAUCAGUAAUGAUGGAACGUUUGCCAAAUCGAGCUCGAAUCCCUUUCAGCCUCAACUCCAAACUGUGCUCACUCAGUAUGCAGGAAGAAGCUACUAAAGGCCGAAAGGGUUCCUUCGGGAUCGAACUGACUUUGUUGUCGCUUGUCGAGUCUUUACGUGGGUCUCGAUAGUUGCUGAAGUGUUAGAUCUAUAAGUUAGUAUAUUCUGGAGUCAGUGCUUAAAGCUUGGUCGUGGGUCGAUAGUUGCUGAAGUGUUAGAUCUAUAAGUUAGUAUAUUCUGGAGUCAGUGCUUAUAGCUUGGUCUUGAGUUCCGUCGACAACGGACUUCCAGGAAAUUUAUAUUGCUGGCAAGCUUAAGAGUUGGAUGCUUGUGCUUGCAUAGAUGCAAUGUUGAUUUACAGGGAGGGAAUUUUUGUUCCAUUUCUUGGGAUUUAAUGUAGAUUUUGCCUUAAAUAGGCCUCUGAAGAAUUCCUGCAUGAUGGUUACUCUUACUAGUUACUCCUUUUGCUUUCA